UCUAUUAUACUCCGGGCGACGCACAAAGCAAACACUGCUUCAGAAGAGUACAGAGAGUGGGAAUUGUGCCUUUCCUACUUCACUGCGCUUAUCUCUUCGCUUCCUCAUGGGACUGCGACCAUCUAAACUUCCAGAAGCCCAAGUCCUCCUUCUGGGCCUGGACAACGCCGGAAAAUCGACUCUCCUCUAUAAGAUGAAACACAACGCGUGUGUCAGCACCGUGCCUACCAUCGGCUUCAACGUGGAAAUGUUCGAGGAGCGGAAGAACAGGAAGAACAUCGCCCUGACCGUGUGGGACGUCGGCGGUCAAGUGAAGAUGCGCGAACACUGGAAGAGUUUCCAUCAGGACGCAGCAGCUGUGGUGUUUGUGGUGGACAGCUCGGACAUGGGGCGACUGGAGGAGGCGCGCAAGGAGCUGGAGAACACACUGAGGAGCGAGCACCUGCGAGGCCGGCCGCUGAUUCUUCUCGCCAACAAACAGGACGUGAACGGCGCUCUGACUGUCACUGAACUCACGGAGAGAUUUAAGCUGAGGAGGCUUUGCUCAACCCGGGAUUGGUUCGUCCAGCCCUGCUCUGCAAGGACGGGAUUCGGAGUUGAAGAGGCUUUCAGACGAGUUGUCCAAAUGGUCAAACUCCCGUCAGACACUGCAGGGGCGUUAAGAGACAAUAUCAGGGAGUCAGUGCAUCACGUUUUUAAUUAGUAUUUAAUGUUUUCUUUUUUAACCAAUAUGUGUAAUCUUGAAGGGAGUUAGUUUUCAAUGUAAACUGCGUCAUACCAACAAUAAAUCAUAU